AUGGAUCUGGACCAGCAGCAACAGACUCAGCCUGUGCUGGCGGCUGAGAAGAAAGUGGUUACGGCGUCUGUAGAGACGCCGGCGGCGGGGUCAGGUGCUAAUAAUAAUAAUAAUAAAAGACAGAAACGGAAGAAGGAUCACGACUGGUCGUCGUCGCAUGAGUCGACACCCGUGCCUGGUGAGUCGGCGCCGGUCGUGGUUCCACGGAUCCGGCCGCCUCCUCUUCAGCCAAAUGAUUUACGGGCUGUUCCUCAUAGACCGGCUCAGCAGCCGGCUGAAGUGCUCAAUGGAGAUAAUGGCUCGCUACCGGCCAUGUUCAUGACUGAAGAUCAUCCUCAUAACAAACGUGGAUUCCGUUAUAUACAAUGCAGUGGGAACCCCAGUUUAUCGUCUGUUUUAUAUGCCAUUGCCGAGGUACCUCCUUAUGCUGCUCGUGUGUCGUAUGAAGACCGGUCUUCACAGGUAUUCAUUUCUGACGACGCUUUGACUGUCACAUCCAACCAGGGUUUUAGAUCUGCUCGUGCUAAUGUAGGUAUUCGUGAGGGUCAAUGGUAUUUUGAAGUCAAAAUUGUUCGUGCAAACGAUCCGUCGGAUAAAUCUGCUCCUGAUGCACAUGUCCGUCUGGGUAUUACACGUCGUGAAGCCAGUCUCGAGGCUCCGGCUGGCCAUGAUGCCUAUGGCUACGGACUCCGUGAUGUAGGAGGUGAAAAAGUCCAUUGUUCACGACCUCAAUCAUUUAUGAACGAAUCUUUCAAAUCAGGUGAUGUUAUUGGACUUUAUAUCAAUAUUCCUCGGACCGAUGCUCCUGGUAAAUUAAUUCCACCUGAUAUCUCUCGAGACAGAAUCCCCAUCCGAUAUAAAGGACAACUGUAUUUUGAGACGCUCGAUUAUAUUCCCACAAAAUCCAUGGACGAACUAAUUCUUCCCAAAACACUGUACAACAAGAAACGAAAAGAUUCUGAAAAGUUCGUGCCUGCCACCAUUCCUGGCUCGUAUAUCCAGGUAUUCAAAAACGGCAAAGAUAUGGGCAUUGCCUUUGAAGAUCUGAUAGAAUUCCUUCCUCCUCACUGUCAAUUCCAGAAAAACAUGGCUGCUCGAGACGCCGACGACGGCCAGGCCGGCUACUACCCCACCAUCAGCGUUUUCCGCGGUGGAAUGGCCCGAUUCAACUUCGGGCCCAAUUUCGAGUAUCCCAUUGAAAAUACCGGUCUCGUCUACAAACCGCUAUCCAUGCGCUACGACGAGCAAAUAGCAGAUGAUAUUGUCUACGACCUCAUUGACCAAGUGGAUUUCGAGAUCACUGACGCCCUGGAAGACGCCAAACUGGCCCGCGAAGCCGCUAGCCAAGCCAAACUCCCCCAUCUGCCAUCCACCACCACCGCCACCACCACCCUCACAAACCCGACCACAUCUGCCACCACCUCCACCUCCACUCUCCGCAACGUCGCUGCUCCCUCAACCUCACCAUCACCCGCACCAGCAGCCGCCAACCCAACACCCAACAUCGUCGAGAUCGCCCCAUAA